AUGUGGCCGGGUUUCAACGCCCCUGAAGCAUCGGGACAACCACCUCACGCCGCAGUCGAUGCUCAUGUGAUGUCGCUGUUGAUCCGACAGCAUGCUGCCGUGCAUUGCUGUGACAUUUGUUUUGAGUUUUUCAUCACUGUCGAGCAGCUGAUGCCCUUCUUCUGCGGCCGCACCGGCUGCGAAAGCUUCCUCAACCGCAAGAACUUUCGACGCCACCUGACCACUGCGGCGGCGCACUCGCAGGCCAAGUUUGGCUGUCGCUGCGGCCACGGGUCGACCCGCAAGGACAACUUCCGCAAGCACCUUGAGCGGGGCACCUGUGAAGGGAGCCUGCCGUACACUUGUCUCUGCGGAUACACCAUGGACAGCGAGGUUGAUGCUGCCGACGCGGCUUUCUGGGAGCACGAGGACACUGUCAGGUCAGGGUCCGAGGCCAUGGAAAUUAGAAUGAUGGAUGAGAUUAUGAAGCAAAAACCACGGGUUCCUUAA